CUCACACAGUCUCUCUCACAGUAGGACCUGCAACAUCAUGUGUGACCAGAGCUAUCCGUUCCCACAGGUCUUUCUUGUGGAUAGAGCUGAAGGUCCACAGCAUUCUGGCCAGCUUCCAAACCUUGUUCCCUGCUGGUCCUUCCCACCUGCCCAGGAAAGGGUGAGGAGCCGUGAGAAGAGUCGGGGCUACAUGGGGGUCAGCCCUGGUCUGGCCAUGGUUGUGCUGUGCCUGUUCCUGCUUGUGUUUGCAGCCCUGGGGUUUGAAUUCUACCAGAUUUACAACUUAAAGACAGAGCUGAAAAACAUAAAGAGGACGGUCAGAAAUGAGCCGGAGUCAGAAACACCUCAGAAGCAAAUUGGUCUCUAUAAACCUGGCUCGAAUGGAGAAGACACAGACAAGAGAGCUGCAGCACAUGUGAUAGGGCAGAAUAAACAAGAUGGAUCCCAUAAAACCUUGCGAUGGGAGCCGAAGGCCGGUCGGGCCUUCACAGUCGGUGGUGUGUCUUACCGGAUUGAAGAUGGAGCCCUGCAAGUCAAUGAGACGGGACUCUACCAUAUUUACUCACGUGUGGAGUUUAUCUUCAAGCACUGUAUUCCUGAACACUCAUUCUCUCACUCCGUGUUUGUGAGGAGAGCAGGACACCCCUUACCUCUGAAACUGAUGGAGGCCCACAGAGAGGGCUGCUCCCAGCAGAAGGGGAACCCAUGGACCACAGACAGUUACCUCGGCUCUGCACUGCAGCUGCAGAAAUACGACAGAGUUUUAGUGAAUGUAUCACACCCCUUGUUUCUUAGUUCACAUCAUGCCAACUUCUUUGGUCUCUACCAGAUCCAAAGAGGAUAAAGUGAUAGACUAUGUGUUUUGUU